GUCUCCCUAGGCAUAUGCGGCAGCCAUUGUGCCAUGAAGGCGGUUGACCGGGCUCAGCGGCAGAUUCUGAGGGAGAAGCUGUCGGGCUUCGAGUUGUUCAAGGAGCUGCCCAACCCUCUCAAGGAGGAGCUUGUGACAGUCGUUGAUCAGGUGGCCUAUGCCCAGGGUAGCGUGCUCUUCCACGAGGGUGACCCGCCGGAGGACACCUACCUGAUCCUGGAGGGCGAGGUGCGGGUCUACAACAAAGCUGCGGACAAUGAGAAGGACGACGCGUCGCCCCGGCGGAGCAUCAUACGCAGGCCAUCCGCCAACAGCGCAGAAGAGUCAGAGCUGGGCCAGUGUGUGAACGUGAUCCCGGCGGGGCGGUCGCUGGGCAUGAUUGAAGUGAUGCAGGAAAUCCCGCGAUCAGCCACAGCUGCCUGCUCCUUGGAGUGCGAGAUGGUUGUCAUCAGGAAGCCGGACUUCCUGCGCCUAGUGAAGGACCCCAUGUCCCGGGAUUGGGUCGAGAAGGAUGAGUUCCUUCAAGUCCAUCUCGUAGGCAUCCGCGAGCACGCGCGAACCUUCGUUCCAAUCACUGGCAAGUCUCAUGCCACCUACAUGUUCGUGAAACGGAAGUAUGCCGGGGGCCACCCCUUCCUCCGGGAGGGCACCCACACGGAGGCGGCCUUGUACGUGGUCUUCUCAGGGUCUGUGGAGUUCUACUGUCCGCACCCGGCAGAAGGAGUCUCCCCUUCGCGAGCUAGCUUGUCAUGGAAGAAUCCGGUCAUGGAGCAGCGGAAGCCUCUGGGCCUGCUUCAGCCCAGCUGCGCCGGGGUGCUGGCCAGGGAGUACCGGCUGUGCUCCAUGCUGCCGGGGGGCAUCUUCAGCAGCGUGGGGGCAGCGGGGGCCAGCAACCCGGAGCCUUUCACCGUGGUGGCAGGCCCCAAAGGGUGCGAGGUCUUCGAGUCAGUGGGCGACAACUUCCAGAAGUUGCCAUCCAAGGUGGCGGCCCUGGCGCGGGACUUGCUCGCCAAGGUGGCGCAGCUCCACCAAGACAGGUGUCAGGUCCUGCUGGCGACGAUGCGCGACACUGGCAACGACGACAAUCCGGCGAAGAUGUGGAGCCGGGUGAAAGAAAUGAACGAGAAAGGAGCGAAGAAGGCCCCGAGCCCGCUGGCCACCUCCAGCAGGAUGCAGGUGGGCCUGUCGCAGACUGGGCAGCUUUCGGCGCGCGCGUCCCGCUCGGAGGGGAACCCACGCGUGGCCUGACGAGAGGGCCUGUCCCAGCGGCGCGUAGCGCAGGGCCGCUGCGCUUCCAAAUGGAAGCCUCGUCCUUUUUCAAGCCGCGCCAGCCUCAACUGCUCACGUGGCCGACGAACAUGCCUUAGGGGCAACCCAGGCAAAGUGUUUUUGAUGGGGGGCCG